AUGUCUUCUAACGAUGAUCAGGAUGAUCUGAAGCCCUCUGCCACCCCAGGCUACAAGCCAACUGGCACUGCAAAAACAGCAGAUGAAUACGCCCAACUGGACGCAGAAGACGAGAGCUUGGCACGGUGGAAAGCCAGUCUUGGUAUCACUGCUGGAGUGUCAACUGGGGACACCUCAGGACCAAGAGUGACAGUUCUGACCCUAGAGCUUGAUUCACCCACACUGCCUCCUGGCAAGACGCUUGUCUUUGAUCUCAAUGACUCUGCCAAGUUGGCCGAUACGAAGAAGAACCCAAUCAUCAUCAAGGAGGGUGUAGAAUAUAACGUUCGGAUCACGUUCAAGGUGAACCACUCAAUUAUAUCUGGUGUACGAUACAUCCAGCUAGUCAAACGCGCUGGUAUCAAAGUGGACAAGCUCGAGCAAAUGCUUGGGUCAUACGGUCCCCAGGCAGAACCAUACACGAAGAAUUUUGACGUAGAAGAAUCGCCGUCGGGGCUUGUGGCACGUUCAGGAUCGUACAAUGUCAGAAGCCGCGUUGUGGACGACGAUGGAGAAGUAUACGCAGACUGGGAGUGGUCAUUCAAACUUGCCAAGGAGUGGUGA